UUGCCAUGGUGCGCGCUCCGGAGCCGCGCGGGGCCGGAGCGGCCGCGCUGCCCUUGGAGCCGCGUGCCAGGCAGAAUGGAAGCCCUGGAGGAGAAGGAGGAAGCGGAGCAAACACCAGAAGAUGCGAUCUCUUUGAAUAUCAGUGAUUUUCUCGAUGACCUGGAGGCAGAUAUAGCUGUGGAGGAAGCCUCUGUCAUAAGCGAUGAAUUUUUUGACUGGAGCUCCAUUGACACAUCCCACUUACCAUCUUCGUACAAGACAAAUUCCCAGCAGGAAAAGGAGCUGCUGCAGCUCGCUGACCAUUUCUUCCAGCAGUACUCUCACCUGUGCCCUGACCGCAAGCCGCUCUUCCUCCACCCGCUCAACGAGUGUGGUGUGCAGAAGUUUGUGAGCACAACAGUGAGGCCAACCCUGCUGCCUUACCCAGACAUGUACUACUGGUCAGGCUGUGCCAGCUUUGUCUGUGACUACCUCAUCAUGGAGCCCCUCAAGUGCCCAAUCACACCGCCCAGCUCUCUCUAUUCCCCAACCACCAUUCUGAAGUACCAGCGAGGGAACUGCUUUGACUUCACUGUGCUGCUGUGCUCCCUGCUGGUGGGAGCUGGCUACGAUGCCUACUGUGUACAUGGAUAUGCCACCCUCGAGAUGUGCUCCCUGGACCAGACCCAGGAGCUGUGCCCACGGCUCAGGAAGCCCCCAGAGGUACCAGAAGAGGAGGAUCCCAACAAGUAUAGGAUUAUCUACCCUUUAGAGCCACAGAGCCAGUUUGAGCUUCAGCAGAAGGCCAAGAAGGAGGAAGAAACUGAAUCCACACAAGAGGAGAAAAGAGAAGAGGAGGUGGUCGUGGAGGUGGAAAAGCCCAAGAGAGACCCUUUGCAUGGCUUACGGGUGCACGCCUGGGUUCUGGUUCUCUCUGGGAAGAGGAAGGUUCCUGAGACCUUCUUCAUCAACCCCUUCACGGGAAACCACCACAGCACCACGGAUGAGUGCUUCCUUGGGAUUGAGAGCAUCUGGAACCACAGGAACUACUGGGUGAACAUGCAGGACUGCCGCAGAGGCUGCAAGGAUCUCAGCUUUGACUUGAGUGAUUCUUUCUGCUGGGAAAUUAUGUUUUCAGAGAGCAACGAGGCCUCUCAGUUGCCCACAGAGUCACCCAAGAACGACACAGAUGACAUGCAGAAAAAGGAGGAAAUAGGCAUGAGCUUUGAGAUGCCCCUAUCAUGGGUAGCCCAAAUUAAGGUAUCUUGCAGAGAAUAUGAGAAUCCCUUUCCCCGGGGGAAGAAGGUGAUCCUGUACGAGAAAGCAAAGCAGGAGAAAUGGGCGGCGUAUGCAAAUGGAGACGGGCUGGUGGAACGCCUCACCGUCUACGCAGACUCAGACCGUACUGAAGAACUGGAGGUGAAGGAAUGGUUCAAACACCGAGAAGAUCUGCUGUAUUUUAGAGAAGUGAAUAAACAAACACAGCUGAUCACAGACCAUUUCAGGCCAGGACACCCCCUCCUUCUUAAAGCUCACUCCUACACAUCACUGGAACCUGAGACUGGGCACACAGUGGAGUUUUACCACACGGCACGAGUUGAUGGCCUCUGGAAACGUCUUGAAACUGCUACUGAGAUGACAGAGUACUUCGUGGGGCGGGAGGACUUCCUGCACAUGCGGCACAUUGAGUUUGGCGAGAGAGAGCAGGAAAUGGAGAAGGCUGGCGUCACAGCUGAGGCUAACGCCCGGCCUAUAGUGCAAAUCAAGGAGUAUUUCCACAGAAAUCCAGAAAAGCCUGCUGAUGAAGAUGUAGAGGAACGUGUCUUUAUGGUCAUAGACGAUGUCAUGCAGCUGACAUACCACCUUGAGCUUCAUGACACCAUUGCCUCAAAGGUGGUUUUCUGCAGAGUAAUAGGGAGGGAGAAGAGAGAAGAUGAAAUCUUCCUGAGCAGAGAAAACACUGUCAAAUACCAGCCCUGGUCCCCAGAGAAACACAAGAACAUGCGCCAUCUCUACAACUUGCUGUGGGAGCUGAGAGCAGAACAGAAGGAUCUGAAGCAACAAGUCCGGGACUCUGAAGCAGAGAUGUUAAAUAUUUUGAUGGUCCGUGAGGAUGAAGAAGCCAAUAUUAAAUUGACAGUUUCAAAGUACAGCACUGCAAAGAGAGAAGAACAGCAUGAAGCCACGGUGCUGGAAGAGGAGCAGAAGAGCUCCCAGAGUUCCUUGGAGAAGGAGAGUCAGCACACUGGAGGGGAGGAUGAAUCCGUCGCCCACCACACUGCAACCAACUCCACGAUGUGAAGUGGAGCCUGUGCAGGGACUGGGAAUGACUGCCUGAGCAGGGCAUGUUCACAAGUCAGCCCCCUGGCAACUUGGCACUGAAGCUACUCUGUGAAAUGCUUUAAUCCGUGUCCCACUGCAGCUUCCCUCUGAUUUCCCCCUUCUUGUGCUAAGGGAAAGCAGCUGGCACAACAGAAAACCAUUCUCCUGAAGAGGUGCUGCUCCAGAAUCCUCACCUGGCUGGGCACCUUGGGCAUGGCUGAUUUCUUCAUCCCUUUUCUGGAGCUGCCUGCAGUAAACUUUUCACUAUGAUCAGAUUUGCAGAGAUUUUAAUGAAUUUGCACCAU